CGAGACCCCGAGAGGGGGGAAGCGGCGGCUGGAGCCAGGGCGCGCCUCCGUGGGAAGCCUGGGCUUGGAGCGGCGGGGCUCUGCGGCGGCGUGAGCGGACGCCCUAGACCUCGCCUUCCUUCUUGGCUUCAGAUUAAUUAUUAAACAUGGGUGCAUUUUUGGAUAAACCCAAAACUGAGAAACAUAAUGCUCAUGGUGCUGGGAAUGGUUUACGUUAUGGCCUGAGCAGCAUGCAAGGAUGGAGAGUGGAAAUGGAAGAUGCACACACAGCUGUUGUAGGUAUUCCUCACGGCUUGGAAGACUGGUCAUUUUUUGCAGUUUAUGAUGGUCAUGCUGGAUCCCGAGUGGCAAAUUACUGCUCAACACAUUUAUUAGAACACAUCACUAAUAAUGAAGACUUCAAGGCAGCUGCAAAAUCAGGAUUUUCUCAUGAGCCUACAGUGGAAAGUGUCAAGAAUGGUAUCAGAACUGGCUUUUUGAAAAUUGAUGAAUUCAUGCGUAACUUUUCAGACCUCAGAAAUGGAAUGGACAGGAGUGGUUCAACUGCAGUGGGAGUUAUGAUUUCGCCGAAGCAUGUCUACUUUAUCAACUGUGGUGAUUCACGUGCUGUUCUGUGUAGGAAUGGACAAGUCUGCUUUUCCACCCAGGAUCACAAGCCUUCCAAUCCAAGGGAGAAGGAGCGUAUCCAAAACGCAGGAGGCAGCGUAAUGAUACAGCGUGUUAAUGGUUCAUUGGCAGUGUCUCGUGCUCUGGGGGACUAUGAUUACAAGUGUGUGGAUGGCAAGGGCCCAACGGAACAACUAGUUUCUCCAGAGCCUGAGGUUUAUGAACUUUUAAGAGGAGAAGAUGAUGAAUUUAUCGUUUUGGCUUGUGAUGGGAUCUGGGAUGUUAUGAGUAACGAGGAGCUCUGUGAUUAUGUUAAAUCUAGGCUUGAGAUAUCUGAUGACCUGGAAAAUGUUUGCAAUUGGGUAGUGGACACUUGUUUACAUAAGGGAAGUCGCGAUAACAUGAGUAUUGUACUAGUUUGCUUUCCAAAUGCCCCCAAGGUCUCAGAUGAAGCAGUGAGAAAAGAUGCAGAGUUGGAUAAGUACUUGGAAUCACGGGUUGAAGAAAUUAUGGAGAAGUUUCGUGAGGAUGGAAUGCCUGAUCUUGCCCAGGUCAUGCGCAUCUUGUCUGCAGAAAAUAUCCCAAAUUUGCCUCCUGGGGGAGGUCUUGCUGGCAAGCGCAAUAUUAUUGAAGCUGUUUAUAGUAAGCUGAAUCCACAUAGAGAAAAUGAAGGGGGUGCUGGAGAUCUAGAAGACCCAUGGUAGCCUUAUAAACUUCUAAAAUGCUUUUGAUUCUGAAAAUUGGGGGAAAAACUUUUAAUCACAUUUUCUUCAAUACAAGGGAAAAAUAUUCUUGUGGAUUCCCAACGUUUUGUGAUAUGAGCAGAAAAUCAUUAGCAUUUCCCAUCAUUUGUUCAUAUUUGUGUUUUCUGAUAAUUGCCACUUGUAGCAUUGCCUGUACUCCAGUAUUUUUGCCAACCUCAGGCAUACCGAUUCCAUCUGUAUUGAACUAUUGGCCCUAGAAACCAACGGAGUUAUUUCACCACAAAUAAUAAUUGUGCCUGAGGUGCAUGGGAAUAUAGUUAGCUGUACUUUGAAGAUACAUUAUGGGUUUUUUGUUUUUUUAAACAAGACACACAACAUAUAAGCAUGUAAGAGUAAAGAAUUGUAUGAGAUGUUCUUUUUUUCAGUUCACCAAGUUGAAAGCCUUUUGCAGCUCUGGCUUAAAAUUUCAUUUGAGCAAUCUACUAUAGGGUAUAUAUUUAUUGUUAUUUAAAUUUUUUCCAAUUUUACCUGUAUUACCAAACUGGGUUCCUCAAUAAUGUCCAAAUUGUAAUGUUGCCUGCUUCAAGAUAAGUGUAUUUGGCAAUAAUAUUAUAAACCCUUACAAAUUUUAUGCAUGUAUCUCCUAUAUCCUUCAACACACAAUAGAAAAUCUUUGAAACCAAAUGGAUUAAUUUAUGGCUAUUUAUAAUUUGCUUAGACAUCUCACUGCUGCAAAUUUUUUAAAUGAUGAGAUUUGCCUUUAUAAUGUAAAUUGUGAUUUUUGUUUUACAUGUGGGUUUCUAUAGUUUUAAUUUUUCAGCUUUUAAGAUACAAGUUUUGUGUAAUUUGGUAUAAAUUUUAAUUGUUUACGUUAUUUUAAAAGCUCAGAAUAUCACAUUGAAAUGACUAUAAAUACAUUUAAAAUUAUCUAUUUUAGAACUAAGGAAAUAUUACAGAGAUAUUUUCAUGGGUUCAGUAACCUUUCAUUUUAUAACAUUGGGCACGGUACAGAGUGGCUGUCACAUAAGGUACUUGAAGAUUAUUCAUUUACUUCUAUUUUUACAAUAAUCUUGAAUUCUUUUUGAGUUUUGCAUGUAUCCAAUUAAUGCUGAACAUGAAGAGUAAAAUAUUUAUCUAAAAGCUAUUGGGAUAGGAGAAGCAAUGAAUGUAUCCAUUUGUACAUGGUUCACAUGUUGUGGAUGCUUUGUAAACACUUCCCUGUAUGUUUAAAUUGUGUUUCAGCGGGAUGUAAUUGCCUUUGUGUAUAGUUAAGAUGAGUCAUCAUCUGGUCCUGUGUGCAGUGGAAUUCAUGGUAUUUUCUGUAACAUUUUCCCGAAGCUGUUUCUGGGGAGCCACACAUUCGAAUACAGACAGCUUCCUUGAUCAUUCAAUUUAUUGUGCACCUGAUUUUUGGCCUAAAAGAAUUAUUGCCACAAUAUAUUUUAUUUAUUCUUUAGAUUUUAGCCUUGUAAGUUAAAGUGCUUUACAUGAUGAUGUUAAAAGCUAUUUGUCCCUUUACUGGGUUUAGGGGUUGUUAAAAGAAUGAAGAAUGCAAAAAUGGUUUAUUGUUCAACUGUCCACUCUGAUCCAAUCCUGUACUGACAGUACCUUUCCAGUAUGAUAUUGUGAUGUUUCAUACAAUGCAGUGAACAUAACCAACUUGUUACCUAAAUAAAGAAUUGAUAAAAACAGUGUGACAUAUUACUACUUGGUAUGAUUUUUAAAAGUAAAAGUCCAGUUUUGAAUGUUAUUUUAAACAUUUUAUAUAGUUAGAAUAUUGUGAAAUGUUUCAUAUAGAACUGUGUAGUUAAAUUUUAAUUCCAGGGAAGAAUUAACUAAACUAUAUAAGACAAUACUAAUUAAACCCUUUUCCACUUCCAUACAUUUUUAAUACCACUUUACCCUUUCUCUGGGGAGUUUAGUGGCAUUGAAAUAGCAAAAGAAAAACUCCAGUUUAUUAAUAUGAAUUUCCUAGUCCCACUGUUCUCAAACAUUUAUAUUCUUAAAGGUUGAGGCUCCAAAGAAUUUUUGCUUUAGUAGGUUAUAUCUAUUGAUAUUUAUUAUAUUU